CCACUGACACCCAAGACGAAACAACUCAUUAACGGAAAUCCCUACACAAUCAUCAUGUCGGCAGCCGUUCGCGACACCGGCGCAGAAGCCGCCGUCCGCUUUAUCGGCAAGAUGCACAACGACACCUACGCAGAUAUCGACCCGCUCAAGGCCGACCUCUCAGGCAAGACCAUCGUCAUCUCGGGUGCCUCGAAAGGUAUCGGCCGCGCUGCCGCCAUUGCCUUUGCGCAGGCCGGCGCGUCCAACAUUGCCAUCACCGCGCGCUCCAAUCUCGACGACGUGGUCUCUGCCAUGCUGAAGGCCGCUCGUGAUGCUGGCCGGCCCAAAGAUCCCGUCAUUCUUAGCGCCACCGCCGACGCGACUUCCGAACAGGACGUGUCGCGCUUCGCCAAGAAGGUCGGCGAGGCAUUCGGCGCCGUAGAUCUCCUCAUUAACAACGCCGGCUACCUGUCCGAAUGGACGCCCCUUAUUGACACGGACCCGACGGACUGGUGGAUGAACUUCGAGGUCAACGUCCGCGGCAUAUAUCUUUUCACGCGCGCCUUCCUGCCUCUCGUCCUCAAGUCUGCCUCGCUCAAGACAAUUCUCAAUGUGACGAGCUUCGGAGCCGUGGUCAUCAGCGAGGGCGCCAGCGGCUACCAGACGACAAAGUUCGCCGUGUGCCGCUUGACCGAGCAUGUUGCCGCCGAUUAUGCCGACCAGGGUCUCGUCUGCGUCGCGAUACAUCCUGGCGGUAUCAAGACCGAGCUGGGCACCCGGAUGCCCAAGCCGAUGCACGAGUGGCUCGUGGACGAGGUCGAGUUGCCGGCCCACUGGAUGACGUGGUUUGCAAGGGAGCGACGAGAGUGGCUCCAGGCGCGCUUCGUGGCGGUCAAUUGGGACGUCAAGGAGCUCGAGUCGAAGAAGGACGAGAUUGUCAAUGGGAACAAGCUAAAGUUUCGGAUGGUUGCUUAGAUGACUACACAACAAAGGUCGCGGGUACAAGGACAGCCACGUGGUUGCCCGGGUCACUUGAGCUUGAUUGGAAUAGCAACUGGCUGCUCUACGGAACAACGACAUUUACCCGUGGGCUUCCAAGCAAUUCCCCAAGAACUGCUUGGAAGCUGGACUCGACCAUGUUUAGGAGUUGGCAGUUUCAAAUGAUGGCAUUUUUAGUGAGACUGGCUAUCCUACCCCUGCUGAAUGGCUAUGGCCUCAACAAUGCUACCACUUCAUAAUGACUAGAGUG